CAAGAUCUCGUUCUGUAAAAAUAACCGAAUAACAAUGUGGGCAACCUUGAUCACAGUUUCGAUCUUCGGGCUAAUUGUUGGAAAUGAUGGAGCGGCUGGUCCCAAGCAUUUGCCAUCAUACAUCACUGCCUGCAAAAAAAAUGAUCCAGAACUCAAUAAAUGUUGCCUGGAACAAGCACGCAAAGCUUUACCUCACAUCGUCGAUGGAGAUAAGAAAUACGGAAUUCCAUCAUUCAAACCCAUGAAAUUGGAGAAAGUUGCUGUUAACUCUGGAAAUUUAAAAAUCGAUUUAACAGAUAUUGAGCUCUGGGGCUUACCGGAUGCUGAUAUCCAAGAUUUGCAGGUUGAUUUAAAAAAACAAACUGUUAAAAUGGUAUUCAAGUGCCCCCAAAUUGUCAUUUUGGGAAAAUACGUCAUGGAUGGUAAGAUUUUGGUACUACCUCUGAACGGAGCUGGAGAUGCCAAUGUGACAAUCGAUAACCCUGUAUUUACCUAUACCGCCGACUACACGCUCGUACCUAAAGAUGGUAAGGACUACGUUCAAUUAGGAGAUAAAAGUCAACUUUCUUACGAUAUGACUAGAGUAUACUUCAAAUUUACCAACUUAUUCAAUGGAAACGAACAACUAUCAAAGUCAACUCAUGACGUCCUGAAUACGGAAUGGAAAACUUUUGUAGGAGAUUUGAAUCCUGCUGUACAUGCUACGGUCAGCACUAUAGCCACAACUAUAAUAAAUGGAAUAGUAUCGAGAAUACCUUAUGAGUCCAUAUUUGUAUAAACUCACUGUGUUGGAUGUACCUAUGUAGCCAUAAUAUGUCUGUGUUAUAAUUAUUAUAUACAGUAUUACUGUAGUAUUAACUAGAAACUAAUAAAUAGAUUUGCA